UUAGUAGAGGACGCAUACAAAAUUGUGAGACACAGACUCUUCAGUACAUCAUGGAAACAGUCAUGACAGAUUCACUGCCAUUGUCUGCAAGGUGUGAAGACAUGGAUACCCCAAUAAAAUUAGAGCUUAGUGAAAUUCUUACAAACUGUAAAUCAAUAAAAGGACCCACUACAAGAUUUUUACUCAACAUAACAAAAAUAUCUGAAGGAGAAUUACUGAGGAAAAAGAGACUGGGAGAAAAAAAUGAUGACAAACCUCAUAAGGUCAUACUGAUGGUUGGGGAAACGGGAUCAGGGAAGACUGCUCUCAUCAAUGCAAUGAUCAAUUACAUCAUGGGUGUCAGAUGGGAACACAAGAUUUGGCUUCAGAUAGCUGAACACCAGACGGAGUCUUAUACAGCAGCAGUGACUGUUUAUGAGGUUUAUGUGCCGGACAGUCAGUUCUCUCUCACUGUUAUCGACACACCUGGAUUUGGUUCCACAGAAGGCCGUGAUAAAGACAAACUCAUUCCUGAAGCUCUACAGCAGUUGUUCAGAUCUGAGGAUGGCAUUCAUGAAAUUCAUGCAGUGUGUCUCGUGCUGAAGGGUUCAGAUGCUCGGCUACAUGAGAGACAGCGAUAUAUUAUGGAUGAAAUUUUCUCAUUAUUUGGAAAGGAUAUAGAAGAUAACAUUGUGGUAUUAAUUACAAACUCUCAUGAAACUGUCCCCAAAAAAUCCCUGAAUUUCAUUAAAGCAGCCCGGAUUCCAUGUGCAAAGAAGAAAGAUGGUCAACCUGUUUAUUUUAAGUUUGACAACUGUCAGAGUGAUUGUAUUGAUGAGGAAGACAGAGAGAGUUACAAAGCAUCAUGGGAUGGUGGAAUCGAAAAUUUUAAGCAGUUCUUAGCUUAUCUGAAUAGGAUAAAUGCAAAAAGCGUAAAUAUGACAGAAGGUGUGCUUAGAGCCCGAAAACAACUGAAUGCUACAAUUAGCAACUUAAAGGACAAAAUCAAACUGGCAGAGCAGAGAAAAAAAGAGCAACAGCAGUCGAAAGAGGCAUUGGAGGACUUAAAAGAAUACAGAAGAACCAUGAAUGAGUUUAAAUACGAAGUGGAUGAAAUCACUCUAGAAAAAGUCUCCAUAGAGUCAAAAUGGUGGCACUUCACCACUCAGGCAACCUGCUGCACUAUUUGCAAGGAGAACUGCCACUAUCCAGGAUGCUGGUGGGUCACUAAUCUCUCAUGGUGUAGUGUAAUGACAAAGUGGGGAACAUGCUCAGUCUGUAGGGGAAAGUGUCACUACACUGAACAUGUGAAAGAAGAUACAAUCUAUGAGGUUGUCCAUCGUAAGGUCCAAAGAACAGAAGAAGACAUGAAGAACAAUUAUGAAAAGAAAUAUGAAGAGAAUGAGAGUUUGCUGAAAACACUAGAGAAUGAUAUCCAGCAGAUAGAGGCAGAGAAGAUCAGGCUGGUGGAAGAGUGUUAUCAGUGUUUGGAGAAGUUAAUGGAGACGGCAUUGAAAUCUACAUCCAUGUCCUCGAUCCAACAUCUGGACUUCAUGACUGAGAAAGUGAAGGAAACUGGGAAACAAGAAAGAGUUCAUAAACUUGAGGAUCUUAAGAGAAAAGCUCAGGAGGAAAUAAGGGGAGAUUACACAGUGAUAAGAAUGACUAAUUCUUAGAAUAUACACUUCAGAUACGCAGUAUGGUUCACUCAUAAAUAAUUGCAUAAAUAAAAUCAUAAUAUGUACAUUGUGUUUGUCAUUUACUGUGAUUUACAGUAUUAUUGUUAUUGCAUACAUUUACAUAUAAAAGUAAUAACUGUAAACAUUAUAUUACAAAUGACAUAUGUGCUAUCAUACCAAGGCAAUAAAACCAUACCAAGGCUGAUGUACACCCACAGCCCAAAUGGUAAGGCUUAAGUACCCCUUCAUUGACACUGACAUAUUGACAACUUUACAGAAAUGCAUUUUAA